CGAAAUUCUAGUGGUGAGAUUGAUGGGCUGUUUGUUUCAGCCUCUUAAUGGUUCAGAUGUCUGAAUGGUUAAGAGAUUUGCCUCUGAAUGGUUAAGUAUUAUACAGAGUCUGAAUGGUUAAGAGCUGUUAUCUGAAUUGAUCAGACAUUUGCCUCUGAAUAGUUAAGCAAUAUACUAGCUCUUAAUGGUUCAGACCUCUUACUGGUUCAGCACUUAAUGAUUCAGACCUCUUACUGGUUCAGCACUUACCCAUUCAGAAGUUGCCAAACAGUCCCUGAAUUUGCUAGGGUUCAGGCAAGAAGCCGCCGCCAAUAACCCGGAAAGCGCGCGCAAAUGGAGCUGCAAUGUCCUCCCCCCUCUUUCCUUCCCAAUCGACUGUUUGCCCCGAAAUUCCCCCCUUUUCUGUGUCGCAUCGCUUCUCUUUGGCCUUCAGUUGGGAGACAUUCUAAGAGCAAUGUGAGAUUGAGGAAGCAAACCCUUCUCCUUCGCCCCGAGUUGAGAUUGGGUUUUAGGGUGAGUGAUAGGCCAAUAGUGUCCAUUUCUAGUUCAAGCUCAUUGUCCAAGAAGUUGAGCUCCUCUGGAAGUGAGGACAACACUGUGACUGCUCAUGACACCAGCAGAUUGGAACCAUUUCAGGGUAAACCUGGCUCGGUUUCUUUCGUCGGGGUGACUCACCAAUUGGUUGAAGCAAGAAAACCAGAGGAUGCUCAGCUUGCGGGGAAAACUGGAUCUUUUCGAUGGGUUAUUGCACCUGUUGCAUUAAUAUCUUCUUUUGUGCUUCCCCGGUUUUUUAUCGAUAUCACCAUUGAUGGUCUUCGCAAUGAUGUUUUGACAGAAGCCUUGACUUGGUACAUCACUGAGGCCAUCUUCUACAUUGGAGUGGGAAUAUAUCUUUCGAUAACAGGAGAGGUUCAGAAGCCAUACCUGGAGUCUGGUGCAAAAAGGUGGAGUCUGAUAACCGGUCUUCGAGGCUACUCAAAUUGUGCCUUGUUUAUAGUUGGUUUUAAGGCUCUGGUUCCACUUAUCGCUCUAUAUAUCACCUGGCCAGCUCUUGGCAAAACAGCCUUGCUUGCCGUGGCUCCUUUCAUGUUUGGACUUCUUGUUCAAUUUGCAUAUGAGAAGCAUCUUCAAAACUGCAAAUCAUCUUGUUGGCCUCUAGUCCCUAUUAUUUUUGAGGUUUAUAGGUUCUACCAGUUGACGAGAGCUAUUGGAUUUGUUCAGAGCAUAAUGUUUGGCACUCAAAAACUUACCAUGACGCCGGAGAUUCUUCUUCAAAGAAACGGCGCAUUGGUUUCCCUCAUUGUGACCUUCCAAGUGUUAGGCUUGGCUUGCCUUUGGUCCUUCUCGUCGUUUCUUCUGAGCCUCCUUCCCAGAACUAUUACGAGUCCUUGAGAACGUUGAUCCAUCUUCUUCCUUUUCUAGUCUUUUUGGUGUUGUUUGGAUUGCUCACGUAAAUAGAUUUUCUGAUUCAAGAUUAGAAUCUAUUUUGGGUUGUAACAUUGUCGUGACUCCAUUUAAAGGGCUGAUAUGGUUUUGGUUUUGAUUUGUAAUACUCCUGUCACAAAAACAACUUUUAGACUUUCCUUUUAUGAACGUUCCAAAAAAUAAGUAACAUACGCAAUG